GACGCUGAAACCCAGACAGAAGAAUUUGACUAUCUUGUCCCUAAAAGUAGCGGCUAUCAAGCAUCAGACAGGGAAUUCUUUAAAGGUGACGAGAAGGUGCGUCUUUACAGAGGUCUGCCUUCAUACGAAGUACUCUUGGUGAUAUUUGAACAUGUUGCUCCUGAUGUCACUCGCUGUACUCAAUCAUUAGACAGAUUUCAAGAAUUUGUGCUGGUUUUGAUGAAACUUCGGUUAAAUGUGCCACUUCAGCACUUGGCUUACCGAUUUAACAUAUCUUUGACCACAGCCUCUAGAAUUUUUUCAUCUUGGAUGGUGGUGCUGGAUGCCAAGUUGUCUACUCUUGUUUUUUGGCCUGAAAGAGAACAGUUACGGAACACAAUGCCACUUUGUUUUCAGUAUGCUUUCAGAAAGAAAGUCACUGUGGUAAUCGAUUGUUUUGAGCUGUUUAUUGAAUGUCCAUCAAACUUACUUGCAAGGGCCCAAACAUUCUCCUCAUAUAAGCACCACAACACUAUAAAAAUACUCAUUGGUAUUUCCCUCAAGGAAGCAUAUGUUUUGUGUCAGAAGUGUGGGAAGGCCGCACUUCUGAUAAGUAUUUGA